CUUGCCACGGUUUUAAAACCCCAGCGAGCCUAUCGCAGUUUUAUCUCCUAAGCCACAUGCGACUCGACUUGACCGUGAAAAUUUUCCUCUGCUUGAUUGCCAAACAUCAUUGACCGCGAUCGAGUUCUGUAACACUUGCAAUUCUGCCUUUUGAAAUUUGAAUUUCGUUUAUUUUUUGCGUUUCAAUUCCCCUUCCUUUUUAAACACACACGAAUACAAUGUUCGCGAUAUCAAAGGCCGUGUCGGGGAUCUUCACAGCGACCAGCAUUUCACAACUGCGAGUUUCGGCCCCAGCUGCACUCCAGCAGUGCUUUUACUCGUCACACAAGCCAAAGACGAAUGCGCUAAAGUGUAUCUGGUCCUUAGUUUUAGUCAAGCUGUUGUAUACUAAUUACAGUUUCUCCCCGAAUAUAUCAAUGUGAUAAACAUUUUUCAUGUCUGCAAGUGUAGGGCAAGCUGCGCCGCCAGCGG